AUGACUGUUUUGAUAACUGAGGAUCCUGGCAGGUCAAUCGAUGUUUACUUACGGCCGUUGGUUGAUGAGCUCAAGGAUUUAUGGACAAACGGUGUGCGCACGUACGAUAAAGCCACUGGGAAGAUGUUCACUUUGCGGGCAGCAGUGAUGUGGACUGUAAAUGAUUUUCCCACAUAUGCAAUGGUUUCUGAGUGGAGCACAAAGGAUGGUUGCCAUGAGAUCACGAGUGGCGGGAAAAUGAUAAAGAGUUUGACAGGAACACAGAGCAUCACCUCAGACCUAGAGAAUGGUCCGGUGAUGAGAUCUUGGAAUAGCUAA